AUGGAGGAGGAUCCCCCCGGGGGCACCCCCUCCAUGGAGGAGGACCCCCCCGGGGGCGCCCCGAGCGCGCUGAAGGAGGAGCUGCGGUGCCCCAUCUGCUUCGACCCGUUCCGCGAGGCCGUCACGCUGCGCUGCGGCCACAACUUCUGCCGGGGCUGCGUGCGGCGCUCGUGGGAGCAGCAGCGGCCGCGCUCCUGCCCCGUCUGCAAGGAGGCCUCGGGCCGCGACGAGCCCCGCGUCAACCACACGCUCAGCAACCUGGUGGAGAUGCUGCUCAGGGACCCGGCGGGCGCCGAGGGGGCCGCGGGGGCGGCCGCGCUGUGCCCGCUGCACGGCGAGGAGGUGAAGUUCUUCUGCCUGCAGGACAAGGAGCUCACCUGCUGCUCCUGCCACGGCGCCCGCGGGGAGCACGGCGGGCACAGGGGGCGGCCCGUGCCGGAGGCGGCGGCCGAUUGUAGGGCCAAGCUGGUGAACAUGGAGGCGGCUCUGAAGGACAAGGCCAAGGAUUUCGGGAUCGUGCGGCGCUCCUACAAACACAUCUCCAAGCACAACAGGUCGGCGUCGGAGCGCGUGGAGUGUCAGGUGAAGCGGGAACUCCGGAAGCUCCACGAGUUCCUGUGGGAUGAGGAGAAGGUGCUGCUGGCUCAGCUGCAGGAGGAGCUGCAGCGGAAGCAGGAGCUGAUCCAGGGAAAGCUGGAGCGCCUGGAGCGGGACAACCAGGCCCUGCUGGACGAGACCAGGAUGCUGCAGCAGGAGCUGCUGAUGGAUGACCUCACGUUCCUCAGGAGCCACAAGAGCCGCAAGCGGAGGAUCGCGUGCACGGCGGAGGAGCCGGAGGAUAUUCCCUGGGGGUUGCUGCUGGACGUGCCCAGGUACCUGGGCUCGCUGCAGUUCAACGUCUGCAAGAAGAUGCUGGGCAGCAUCAGUGCCGUUCCCUUCACGUUCGACCCCGGCACGGCCGCGAGCUGGCUCCGCGUGUCCGAGGACCUGUGCCGCGUGUGGCACCGCGGCUUCCAGCUGUCCGUGGAGAACCCGGAGCGCUUCGUCUCGGCGCCCUGCGUGCUGGGCUCCCGCGGCUUCUCGGGGGGCCGCCACGCGUGGGAGGUGGACGUGGCGGGCGCCUCGCACUGGCGCGUGGGGGUGGCGCGGCCCCGCCGGGACUCCCGCUGGAGCUUCCACCACGACUCCCGCGGGGGUUUCUGGUUCGUGUACCGCCUGCCCGGCAAGGCCGAGUGCCGCGCCUCCCACUCGGCGCGCUCCGAGGCGCCGGCCGUGACGGACACGGCCGCGAGUGGGCUGCGCAGGAUCCGCGUGGAGCUCGACUGCGACGAGGGCGAGCUCUCCUUCUACAACGCGGAGCGCGGCGCCCACAUCUACACCUUCCACGGGCGCUUCGGGGGCACCGUGUUCCCCUACUUCUACCUGGGAGAGCCACGAAACCAACCCCUGCGCAUCUGCCCCUCCGGCUGA